AUGGCCACACAGGGAAGGGGGGCAGCGCUUAGCCAGAAAGGCCGGCUGCAGAAGAAGGCCUCAGAGCAGGGCCUCUACCUGGUGGCCAUGGUGGUGGGCAUGGUGGGACUGACUUAUGCGUCCGUCCCUCUCUACAGGAUGUUCUGUCAGGCUACAGGCUUUGGGGGCACGGUGAAGGAGGGGCGCAGCGUGGAGGAGAAGAUGCGCCAGAGGGAAGAGAACAGGGACGAGGCUGUGGAGGCGGCGGCGGCGCAGCGGCAGAUAACGGUGUCCUUCAAUGCCGAUGUGUCCGAUGGCAUGCCCUGGCGCUUUGUCCCGGCGCAGCGAUCCGUGAAGGUGCAUCCAGGGCAGAGCACUCUGGUGUUCUACACAGCGCACAACUUGAGCGACAAAGCCAUCACCGGGGUGUCUACGUACAAUGUGGCGCCACAGCAGGCGGGGUACUACUUCAACAAGAUCCAGUGCUUCUGCUUCGAGGAGCAAAAGCUUCGCCCAGGCAUGUUCAAAAUCGACAUGCCGGUAUUCUUCUACAUUGAUCCAGAGUUUGCCACUGAUGACCGGCUAAAGAGCAUCAAUCAUUUGACCCUGUCAUACACCUUCUUCAAUGUGGAUGAAGAGGAGGUGGAGUUGGAUGGUGAAGUGGUGCCUGCAUCUGCCCUUAUUGGCCGUGAGUCUGCACACACUGCCCCUGCUGGAUGA